CCGCUCCGGGGCGGACCCACACCCGGAAGCUCCGUGGGAGCUGACCGCUGCUGUGCGGUACGCGGAGGCAUGGACCGUGAGUCGUGCCGGCGGGAGGCGGCUUCUGCCCCGGCCCGGGCCGUCACUUUGCUUCUGAGCUGGGGGGCAAAUAGCUAUGGGCAGCUUGGCCUUGGCCAUAAAGAAGAUGUGCUUGAGCCCCAGCGGCUGAACGAUUUCUGUGAUCCCAAACGCCUUAAAUUGCUGACUGGAGGAGGAGGACACUCAGCUGUGGUCACAGAUGAAGGGGAGCUUUUUGUCUGUGGCUUGAACAAAGAUGGUCAGCUGGGACUUGGUCACAUUGAAGAUGUUUUGUCUUUUAUCCCUUGCACACCAUUGGCUGGCUGCCCUGUCUUACAGGUGUCCUGUGGCUGGGAUUUUACAAUUUUGCUCACAGAAAAUGGUCAGGUUCUAUCAUGUGGCUCAAAUUCAUUUGGUCAAUUGGGCCUUCCUCCUGGGACCAGAAGACAAGUUAUCCCCCAAGUCAUAGAGCUCCUGAAUGAGAAGGUUGUGUGCAUUGCGGCUGGAAUGCGUCAUGCGCUGGCUGCUACAGAAAGUGGCCUGGUGUUCCAAUGGGGCACAGGCUUGGCAUCCACAGGGCGGCGGACAUGCCCUGAGAAGCCCCUCCCGCCAUUCCUGACAGCCAAGGAGCCUUGCCAAGUGACUGGACUGGAAAAUUCAAAAGUAAAGACAGUUGUUGCUGGUUCCUGCCACUCGGCAUCAUUAACAGAUGAAGGGGAGCUGUACAUUUGGGGGAGCAACAAACAUGGCCAGCUACUGAGCCCAGCUGCUUUUCUUCCCACGCCCCAGAAAAUAGAAGCCCAUUGUUUCCAGAAUGAAAAGGUCACCAUGGUGUGGAGUGGGUGGACGCACUUGGUUGCCCGGACAGAAACUGGCAAGGUGUUUACCUGGGGCCGCGCUGACUAUGGUCAACUUGGGACAAAAGUAGAUGGCCAAGAGAGAUGUACAGGAGAGCAUGAAUUACUCCUGUCCUGCACAAGAACACUGGCCACCACGCCUUCUUCCCUUCCUUGCUUAGAAGGAAUGACUGAGAUGGCAUGUGGGUCUGAACAUAACCUGGCUGUGGUGGGCUUCACCAAAGUGCCCCAAGAGUCCAGGAUGCAACAACAACCAAAAAAAGGAAGCUCCUGUUACUCUUGGGGCUGGAAUGAGCAUGGCAUGUGUGGAGAUGGUACUGAAGUGAAUGUCUGGGUCCCGAAGCCAGUGGAGUCUCCAAGUUUAGCCCUGUGUCUUCUUGUGGGUUGUGGAGCUGGUCACUCUCUCGCUGUUGGCCAAGCCCCAGCCUUGCCAUCAUUGCACUGGAGCUCCCAGGACACAGAGUCAAGCCUGGAAAACACACAGCAAGAGAAAGCAAAGGGAAGAAGCACAAACAUUGUUCCCACACCAAGCUAGUGUGUCCUAAAAAAGGAGAUUUCAUGCUUAAAGGACCUUUUAAUAAAAUCGAUUUGGACAAUUUUGUGGACUUGUUCAUUGGGACACAGCAGGUAAAAAGGGGUAAGUAUUUAGAAAGUGCUGAUCAUUUGAACAGCAGCUGGAUGAGAGACAGGGAAAAUGCAAUUUCCUGAAUAUCCAAGAAACUUUACUUUUCAGCAAAUGAGAAUGAGAACAAAGGGACAUCAUUAGCAGCUUUCAAAAGGUAACAAAUUUUAAUACACAUGGAUUAGGGAACAGGGAUUAGGGUUCCAUUGAUUCUCAGAUCACCUUCAUCUUCCUCCUGGCAGCCUCCAGUGGUGCUGAAGUCAGUAGCUCCUUCAUGGAAUUUUGUUUUUGCAAAAGACUUCAGAGGUUAUCUAAUAGAAAGAUUUUUAACUUUUUGAGUGUCAUGGAGCCAUCUGGCAGCCUGGGAAGUCCUUUUCUCAAAGUAAUAUUUUUAUGCAUAAGAAUAAAAUACAUGAGAUUACAAAGGAAGCUCAUUAUAUUGUAAUAGAGUUAUCAAAGUAUAUAUUUUUAAAAGACAAA